AUGGAGGGAAUUCCUGUGAAGAGUGUGAUAUCUUCAGCUUCAACAUCUCACUCUCAUCAUUUCCAAAGGAAAACAAUCAUACAACUAUCAUCUUCUCCCACAACGAGGGUUCCCACCCAAAAUAGAUACUCACGUUUUUCUGUUCGGGCCAAACUUUCUUCUGCUGAUUUUCAAGAUUUUCAGAGCUAUGCAAGGCCUUUGUAUCUUUUGCCAGCCUCUGAGGUGAAAGUGUACACAAAUACAUCAGUAGAAAACAUUUCAUCAUUGCUGAAGGAGGAUGGAUCGAGAUAUUUAUUUAUGGUCAAGCUAUGUACUAGCAACUCAAAUGGCUCAAGUAUUAGUGACUUAAAUGCCGGAGUUAUCCUUUGUUUGAUAGAUGAAAAUGGAAAUUCCAUAUUGCAAAGGAUCCCUGUGAGUUUGAUGACGGAUCAUUCUACAGAAUCGGGGGAUAUGACUAAUAUUGACAUACUUCAUUUCCAAAGAGGUUCUGUGGAUGAGUUCAUUUUUGAGGGUCCUAAACUUGCAAGGCUGGAGGCUCUUUGGGUUAGUGUUGAAUCAGGUCAGUGGCGCCUAGGAGGUGUAUCCUUAAUGGUUAUUAGUUGUGAAGGGCAACUGUCUGGGUUGGAAGAUGAGGUACCAAGGUACACUGGCUUCCAGUAUGACUUUCAGAUUGAUGAUGUGUUGCUUGGUGAGGGAACUGAUCUGUCCUUGUUGGAAUUAAGACCUACCCUUGUGACUGAGCUGGAAGGGAAUGAUCUCACAAGCAUCUUCAACAAAGGACUUAAUGACACCUUACUUUCAAAUCCUAAGAUCUUAAAGGAAGAGAGCAUGAAGGAAUAUGCAGAUUUGAAAUUCUCAUUGUUAUUUUAUGAUGCUAUGCUGACACUUUUUGGAACAUCAGUAGCUUCCUUCUCGGCCGGGGAAAAUGCUGGGAUUGCUUUCUUGAUUGGUGGGAUUGGAGGCUUCUUGUAUCUGCUACUGUUGCAGAGAUCUGUGGAUGAAUUGCCUGCUUCAGAACUAAUCACCAGUGACAAUGAUGCAUUGUUCAAAGGAGUCAAGGGUCUAAUAGCAAGUGCGGCUUUGGCUCUAGGCUUGGCAGUAAUUGCAUCAAGGUAUAGCUCAGGAGAACUUCAAGUCAUGCUAACACCAAAAGAUGUCAUAGUUGGAAUGAUGGGAUUUCUUGCGUGUAAAGUUUCUGUGCCGUUGGCUGCCUUUAAGCCUAUAACACUAGGUCAAAAGUUACCAUCUGAUAUGUAA